GGGGCUUGGCACCCCACUUUAUCAAAUACGGAAUUUAAAAUUCCGUAUUCUCCCUAUUGAAUACGGAACUUAAAAUUCCGUACUGUAUUUAAGCAUGCGUGUCACAUUUUCAACCACUCAUUAUAUACUAAAAUAGAUACGGAAUUUUAUUUUCCGUAUUGAUACGGAACUUUAAAUUCCGUAUUUAAUAAAGUGGGGUGCAAAGCCUAAGGGGUGGGGCACCAAACUCAAUUCUCGUUAACUGAGACAACAAGUGAAGAACCCUAAACCUGUGAAUCAGAGUCAACAAGCCCCUUCAUCAUCAGCUUCUGAACGCCCUUUGCCUACACCAUCAAUUUCACUAGCUAGAAUGGCCGAGUCCCACACCAGCAACGGUUCCGAGAUCCAAGAGCCAUCACCCAAGAUCCCAAAGCUCCACCAAAAUGAUGACAUUUCUAACAUCCCUCCUCUUCUUCGAGUGAAGAAGCUCUCUGACAAGGCUGUUUUGCCCGCUAGGGCUUCCCAUCUCUCUGCUGGUUAUGAUCUCUCUAGUGCUGUGGAGACAAAGGUACCUGCUAGAGGGAAGGCUCUGGUGGCUACUGAUAUUAGCAUUUCAAUUCCAGAAGGAACCUAUGCUCGCAUUGCACCACGAUCAGGGUUGACUUGGAAGCAUUCGAUCGAUGUGGGUGCCGGGGUGAUUGAUGCUGAUUAUAGGGGUCCUGUUGGGGUCAUACUGUUCAAUCAUUCUGAUCUGGACUUUGAGGUGAAGAUUGGGGAUAGGAUUGCACAGCUGAUCAUCGAGAAGAUUGUGACCCCGGAUGUAGCUGAGGUUGAGGAUUUGGAUUCCACUGUCAGAGGUGAAGGUGGUUUUGGAUCUACUGGUGUUUAAUUAGGAUCUUGUAUUAAUGGGAUGUGUACAAAGCUUGCUGGUAAAUUGACUAGAAGGACACCUCUUCUGGAUUGGUGCUGGUGAAGGGCUCUCUGUAGGAACUUUAACUAGGUGUGGGUGUUAAGUAAUCGUAGUCACAACCUUGCUUUGCAUAUCCAUGAAGUGUUUCUUUCCUGAAUAUUUACUUACCUGAGACUAAAUUUUUUCACUUAAUAGCCUUUUAUACAGCAUGUAUUUAACUUAA